GCCGGGGAUUUUCCUAUAUAAGGACCCGCAACCCCAACCCCUCCUUUGCCCCCUGCAGUGCUCCUCACGAAUUAACACCUUCACCAAGAACUCUCGCGAGCGAGCUGCCGGCUUCAUCAUUGCAAUUAUCUCUCUCUCUCUCUCUUUCUCUUCUUUCUUCUCUCUCCCUCUCGGCCCCUCCCCCUCCUUGGAGUCCUUCUAGUGUGACAACAUACACAUAGAAGAAUCAUAUGAGAAAAAUUAUCUGCAUAAAGAAAGAAAAGGAGCAUGGUGGUUACUACCUGUUAGAAUCUGAGUGUGUUAAGCAGUUUCUAUGUUUUUUCCAGAAGCUGCUGUUAUAUUCUGAACCAUUUAUGGCAUUAGACUUGGUGAAGAUCUUUGACUUCUUGCCAUUGUCGCCACCACAGCUUGCAGUUUUACCAGUUAAAGGGAUCAAUCAUCUGAAUUUCAUGAAGUCAACAGUUUCCAGUGUUUUAUGUGUUUCAUAUGUGUGAAAUGGGUAGCCGAGGAAGGCCUCUUUUUGAUCUCAAUGAGCCCCCUGCAGAGGAAGAGGAAGAGGGUGAUAAGUUGUUCAGCUGCGAAUCAAAAAGACCACUCCCUUUUCCAAAUCCACAUACCAGCAAUUUGCUAUUUGCUUCAUCUGAAGGGUGUCCACGGCUGGUAAAUAAUAAUGCUUUUUGUCAUGCAUCUUCAGGUUCUGGCUUUCAACCAUUUGUGAGGCCCAAAGAAACUGGUAACUCAAGUGUACAAACUGCUAGUCAGCAGGAACAUGAGGCAUCUGCUGGUCGUGCAAUAGCUGGCAUUGUAUCUGAUGCCCAUGCUCAUAUUGUAAAAGUCGAGAGACGUGACUCUGAAUUUAAUAACUCUGAUGAGCAGAACCAUGAUGUGCCAUUUUGUGAUGGCAGAGAAAGUAAACCUAGAGUUUUUCUUGCUGGUGAUACUAGCAAUGGACAAGUUGAAAGAGAAGAAGGGGAGUGGUCAGACAUGGAUACUACUUCUGACAAUGAGGCGAUCAAUCAUAAGGCAGACCGGGGAUCAGCUUGUACAGGAAACAGUGACAAUGUAGUUGUCAAGAAGCCAGAUGCAACAAAUGACUCCAUCAGCUGUAACCAAAGUUUCGAUGAUGGAAUUGCCAACUCAAAUCACAUUGAAGAUUCUAAAGUUUCUGAUCAAGCAAUGGGGUUCUCCAUGGAUGAUAAAGAACUUGCUGGGAGUGUUAGCCAUGAUUCUAGUGUUAAUCACACUGUUUCAAAGAAAGAAGAUAGUGGUGCUCGUAUAGUGUUGGAGUCUGAACAAACUGAACACGAUGGUAAGAAACGUGGUGAAAACAAUGUUAAAGGCACACCUCAAGAUGGGUUGGAUGAUUGUCAUGGCACUGCGAGCCAAAAGGAUGUGAAAGUGAUUGAUGCAAGCACUGCCUCAAAAUUUUCUAGUCCGAUUAUGAAGAAACACAAAAUUGAUCAGCAUAAAGAAGCAAUGCUUGGAAAGAAGAGGGCCAGACAGACCAUGUUUCUUAACCUGGAGGAUGUUAAGCAGGCCGCAUCUAUGAAAAAUUUAACUCCGAGAAGACAAACAACUUUUUCUUCUGCUGCAUCUACCCGUUCAGCAAAAGAAUCAUCUCGUGUUUCUCAUGUUUCAACUGAUCGGGUUGCAGAGAAGCAAACCAAAGAUCAAAAGAGGGUGGAUUCAUCUGCUCUUGAAGUCAAUGCUCCUUCAGAUUUUCCUGACAACAGAAGGUCUGAAAGCAAUGGUGACACAAAUUUUGGAGGUCAAUCUCGAUCCAGGAGGUCAGACAAUAACGAUUUUUCUGUGGAUGCAUACAUGCCUCCAGGUCCAAGGCAAAAUUCAUGGAAACAACCUUUGGAAUCUAAGCAAGGUAAAGUUGCACCGAUUUCUAGUAGGAAAUUAUCUGAACUUAAUCAGAACAGGGAAUAUGUGGACCAAAAGACCGGGAAUAAAAAACUGCCUCCUUCCAAGAAACAAGUUCAGUGUAAUACAUCUUACCAAGAUACAUCUGUUGAACGGCUUCUGCGGGAGGUGACGAAUGAAAAAUUCUGGCAUCAUCCAGAAGAGACAGAUCUCCAGUGUGUUCCAGGACAGUUUGAAUCUGUGGAGGAGUAUGUUAGAGUUUUUGAGCCUUUGCUUUUUGAGGAGUGUCGUGCUCAGCUUUACAGUACUUGGGAGGAGCUAACUGAAACAGUUUCAAGAGAUGCACAUGUAAUGGUUCGUGUAAAAACUGUAGAUAGACGAGAAAGAGGAUGGUACGAUGUUACAGUGCUUCCAGUGCAUGAGUGUAAGUGGACCUUCAAAGAGGGUGAUGUAGCUGUUCUUUCAACACCUAGGCCUGGGACAGUUAGAUCCAAGAGAAAUAACAAUAAUGGCACUUGCGAAGAUGACUCAGAGUCUGAAGUAACUGGGCGAGUAGCUGGCACUAUUAGGCGGUAUUCACCAAUUGAUAUACGUGAUCCUAUGGGAGCCAUUCUUCAUUUUUAUGUUGGUGACACCUAUGAUUCUAAUAGUAAAUUGGAUGAUGAUCAUGUGUUACGAAAAUUUCUGCCGAAGAGUACUUGGUAUUUGACAGUUCUGGGAUCUCUUGCAACAACUCAACGUGAAUAUGUAGCACUGCAUGCAUUUCGUCGUCUCAAUUAUCAGAUGCAAAAUGCAAUUCUCAAGCCCAGUCCAGAACAUUUUCCAAAAUAUGAGGAGCAGACUCCAGCAAUGCCAGAGUGCUUUACACCCAAUUUUGUGGACUAUUUGCAUCGGACUUUUAAUGGACCACAAUUGGCUGCUAUUCAGUGGGCAGCUAUGCACACAGCUGCUGGUACAAGCAAUGGUGGAAUGAACAAAAAACAGGACCCCUGGCCUUUUACUUUGGUUCAAGGGCCUCCAGGAACUGGAAAAACACAUACAGUGUGGGGAAUGCUAAACGUUAUUCAUCUUGUUCAAUAUCAGCACUAUUACACUGCUUUACUUAAGAAGCUUGCACCUGAGAGCUAUAAACAAGCUAAUGAAAGUAGUGCUGAGAGUGUUUCUUCAGGUUCAAUUGAUGAAGUACUGCGGAAUAUGGAUCAGAAUCUUUUUCGUACUCUGCCCAAGCUUUGCCCGAAGCCUCGGAUGCUUGUUUGUGCACCUUCAAAUGCAGCUACAGAUGAAUUGCUUGCACGUGUGCUGGAUCGUGGAUUCAUUGAUGGUGAAAUGAAGGUGUAUCGACCGGAUGUUGCUCGGGUGGGUGUUGAUUCUCAGACACGUGCUGCUCAGGCUGUGUCGGUGGAGAGGAGGACUGAACAGCUUUUGGUGAAGGGACGUGAGGAAAUUAUUGGUUGGAUGCACCAAUUAAAAGCUCGUGAAGCACAAUUUUCACAGCAGAUAUCUUGUCUUCAGAGGGAACUUAAUGUUGCUGCAGCAGCUGGUCGUUCUCAAGGUUCUGUUGGUGUUGAUCCUGAUAUUCUUGUUGCACGUGAUCAUAAUCGGGAUGCAUUAUUACAGAACCUUGCUGCAGUUGUGGAAGGAAGGGACAAAGUAUUAGUUGAGAUGUCUCGUCUUCUGAUUCUGGAAGAGAGGUUUCGUGCAGGCAGUGGCUUCAAUUUGGAGGAUGCACGUUCCAGUCUGGAAGCAAGUUUUGCAAACGAAGCAGAAAUUGUUUUCACAACAGUCUCAAGUAGUGGCCGCAAGCUAUUCUCUCGACUUACUCAUGGUUUUGAUAUGGUGGUUAUUGAUGAAGCAGCCCAGGCUAGUGAAGUGGCCGUCCUUCCACCCCUUUCUCUUGGUGCUGCUAGAUGUGUUCUUGUGGGAGAUCCUCAACAGCUUCCCGCAACUGUGAUUAGCAAGGCAGCAGGGACUUUGUUGUACAGCAGGAGCCUUUUUGAGAGAUUCCAGCAAGCAGGCUGCCCAACAAUGUUGUUAUCUGUGCAGUACAGGAUGCAUCCUCAGAUACGAGACUUCCCAUCCAGAUAUUUUUACCAGGGUCGUUUAACUGACAGCGAUAGUGUGGCGAACAUGGCUGAUGAGAUGUACUACAAGGAUCCUUUACUCAAACCUUAUGUUUUUUAUGAUAUUACCCAUGGAAGAGAAUCCCAUCGGGGUGGGUCUGUUUCGUACCAAAACAUUCAUGAAGCUCAAUUUGCCUUGAGAUUGUAUGAGCAUCUCCAGAAAACCUCAAAAUCCCUAAGUUGUGGUAAGGUAACUGUUGGCAUCAUAACACCGUACAAGCUGCAGUUAAAGUGCCUUCAACGGGAGUUUGAGGAGGUUUUGAAAUCUGAAGAAGGGAAGGACCUGUACAUCAACACAGUUGAUGCAUUUCAAGGGCAGGAAAGGGACGUCAUUAUUAUGUCAUGUGUGCGUGCUUCAAACCAUGGAGUGGGUUUUGUUGCUGAUAUCAGGCGUAUGAAUGUUGCCCUUACCCGUGCUCGAAGGGCACUUUGGGUUAUGGGCAACGCAAAUGCUCUAAUACAAUCUGAUGAUUGGGCUGCACUAAUUGCUGAUGCUAAGGAGAGAAAGUGUUUUAUGGACAUGGAUUCCUUGCCGAAGGAGUUCGUGAUUUCGAAGGCAUCUAAUUAUGCACCUCUAUCUGGUAGAGGAUCUACUAAUGCUCGAGCUCUUAGAGGAGGGGGAUUAAGGCAGAGGCACAUGGACACAUUUUCUGAGAUGAAAAUUGGGAUCCAGCCAAAUGAUGAUGAAAAGUCUAGUAUAUCAAUUUCCAGAAAUGGUGGCUCCCGGAAUUCAAAGCAACUUGGCUGAAGCGUCCUUCAAAUUCCAGUUUAAUCGUCAGAUGAGUCCCAUGAGGCCUGGCAAGAUGGCAUUUUUAAAGCGGCGAGUUCUGCUCUAAUCUGCCAGAGAGAUUUACGAUGACGCUGGAGGUCCUUGUAGUAUAUCCCUCCCAAAGCAAUGUGGUGUUUUAUUGCGAGAAGCGUGUUAGUGGCUUUAGAAGCUAACACGGCCGUCUGGUGAUCUAAAUCUUAAUGGCUUAUUCAGGUCAGUGUCCAAGAUUUCUUUUGAAGAUUCCAGUGCCAUCUGAGGAUGUUGGAGGAAAUGAAACUAAAGAGGAUUAUGGGUUUGCAUAUGAGAGAUCUGGCCGACUUAGCAGGAAACUCACGAGAGAAAUUAACAGGUCCAAAUUCCAAGGGAAGCCAACAGUGGAAAAUUGUCUCAACUCUCUUGAUCAUGGUUGCAAAGCGUUUAUCGCCAUGCUCUCAGCCAUGCAAAUUCUGCCUAAGCUCGCUGCUUUGUCUUCAACAAGACUUCAAGGUGAGCCAGAAGCUUGGUGUAGAUGUGUGGAUCAGCCCUAACUCAUCUAGCUCCAACCUUCUAAAGGUACUCUUCAAGUUCUCCGGUCCAGAACGCCUCAAACUGUACAGAUACUACGAUCUAUUUAUGGGUUUUGCAGCGGCAUGAUCGAUCACUGCCUCCCAUGUACCAUGUUGCAACUCGACUACAAAGUAGGACGAGCUUAUGCCGUCUUAGAACAUAUUGUGCCUGUGAACAUGAACCAUAACUGUUGCCCAACGUUCAUGAGUCCUGUAGCAGUAAUCUCUUCGUGGCUGCCAGAUUCAGAAACAGGAGGUUACCGAUGCUUGCGAAUCUAACCUAGAGAUGCUUAUCCUCUAUUCUGUACAUUAUCUUUUUAGUGGAAUAAGAGUUUUGAUGUAGUUGAUUUGCUAUCAA